GCUUGCAAUUGUUAGAGAAUGUUAGAGAACUCAGAGUUUGGCACACAUUGUGACCAAUGAGAGAGUGAUUGUUGAAUGCAUUGCCGACACUGUGUUAGUGUUUAUAAAGCAUUUGAGGUUUAGUUUAACACAAGUGUUGAUCGCUUUUGCAGUUAAAGUCAUUUGAAUUGUUUUGUUGAUUAACUGAUCACUUAAUAGAAUAUCAUGUCUUCGGGCGAUAAGAAAGCGGUGGUAAAGAAUGCGGACAUGAGUGAGGAGAUGCAGGACGACGCCGUCAAUACAGCUUUGGCCGCAUUAGACAAAUAUAACAUCGAGAAAGACAUCGCCGCUUAUAUUAAGAAAGAGUUUGACAAGAAGUACAACCCGACGUGGCAUUGCAUUGUUGGCCGCAAUUUCGGCUCAUAUGUGACCCACGAAACCAAACAUUUCAUAUACUUCUACUUGGGUCAGGUCGCCAUUCUUUUGUUUAAAUCCGGAUGAAUAGAUCCAAUCAAUCCAUAGAGAGUAUACCAAUCACUCAUAUUUUUCUUCAUUUUUAUCGUUUUUCAAUAGACUUAUUCUCUUAACAAUUGAUAUUCAUUUGUUGUAAAGUUUUUUUUUGUCUAACACUUACACUAAUAUUAAGUUAUGAAUUGAUUUCAAUUGAAUGAUAAAUAAUUUGAUUAUUAAAAUGAUAUAUAGUUUUAUAUUUGAA